AAGCCCUUCCCAUAGUUUUGUGUGCACCUCCUCUCUCUGCUGGCUUAUAUUUGGGAGGAAAAGGUCCCAGAGAUAGCAGCAACAACUUCACACUCGCUCCAGAUCAGAGGUGCCGUUUUCGUGCCAAUUGGGGUACAUAGAGAGAAGCCAAGAUGAAAUCCCUCCUCUGUCUGACUGCCAUGUGCAUCAUGCUCAGCGUCUGCUCUGGAUUCUGCUUCAGGGACACACUCAAAAUGAAGACUGUGGAUGGAAAGUCGGUGAUGCCAGAUGAGUGCAUCGAUGUUUUUGAUGAAAGCAGGCACCCCAUUGGGUCUGUCUGGAACUCAGCUGAAUGCAUGAGAUGCUCCUGUGGCACCGACGGGAUGGAAUGCUGUGCCAGGUACGGUGGGACUGCCACUCUCCAAGGGUGCAGAGGAAUCGUAGAUCCAGAAACGUGUGAACACAAGUUCUUUGAAGAUGAUGACCCCACUAAGCCAUGUUUAUCCUCAGCAUCUUAAAAACAACAUCCCCUUCCUUUCCAUCACAGCAAGUAUGGGCAAAAGGCUGUCUUGGGGUCACAUGUGGCCCUCGGGCAUGUUUUUGUGGCCCUUGACACGUCCAGAAUUCAUAACCCAACCUUUUUUUGGACCAAAACAGUGACUGAACUGCUGCUCCUGGAAUGGUUUCAAUGGGCUGCAAGAUCUCCUGGACUCUUUAAUAGCAAAAAUUACUUUCUUUCUUUUUUGAGAACCAGAAGUAGACUUCCAGCCACUUUGGUUUUCUUGUUUUAUUUUAUUUUGAUUCUGUUUUGUAAUCCUUGUAGACCCCUGAGGGCCAUGGGACAUACAAGUGGCUCAUAGAUUUGCCAUAGUUGGCCAUAUCCCUUAUCUAAGAUCUCACUUUAGCUCAGUGAACAUCCAGAGUUUGCAAGGAAUGAAGAGACUGUUGCUGAGCUGGUUCUGCAGAUGCAAUUGCAGGGCUGUCUUGGAUAAAAUACAAUAAAAAUUAUACUAAACCUCUGUGGAUCAAAAUGAAAGUCUUACACAGUAGCGCAUGUACCCUCACAGUGGUCCCCAGACCUGUCACAGUUGCCCACUCCUGAUCUAUGGAAACCUAAAUAAACCAGUCAAUCCCACAA